UAACGUCAGGGGGGAAACCUUUACCUUCCCUAGAUCCAGCCCCAUGGAAGGCGAGCCGGGAAACCCCCAGGCCCUCCUCUUCCUCCUCCUCCUCCUCCUCCUCUUUGGGCUGUGUUUAAGGCUGCGGGGAAAUGGAAACCGAAAUCGCAACUUCGCCUCCUCCUACGCGGGGCUCUUUAGAAACGAAACUUUUGGGCUGAGAGGCAGAAGGAGAGGCGAGGCGGGUGGAGAAGCAGCAAAUCCUUGAGUCUGCCUUGGCCUCGGUUAUCCACUUCUCCGGAGGAAGGAAGGAAAGCAAGGAAGCUCUCCAUGGAGCCCCGCGGGAGGGGCAGAGAGGGAGGCCGGCGGGGCCACAACCGAGGCAGAGCAGGCGGCCCGGCUCCGGUUCCAGCUCCGGCGGGGCAGUGGAGAGGGGCCCACCAGCCAAGAGGAGCCCCUGGGAACCAAAGGGGUCGCCCCCCGCUCCGUGCACCGCGGGGGGGAAGGAGGGGCGCUGGCUCCGACGGGGAAAGCCCCCAGCGCCACUCGCAGCGGAUCGGGGCCCCCUUCUUGGAGGAGCUGCUGAAGAAGGAGCCCUCAGAGGUGGCCAUCACGCUGGCCUCCAGCCCAGGUGUGGAGGAGGCCCUCUCCCAGGCCGCGCUCCGGCCGCGCUUCCUGGAGCUGCUCCUGCAGGCCCUCCGCAAGGCCUGCUCCUCGCGCACCAACCGGCAGAGCAUCCAGCGGCUGCUGGGCCUGGUCAAGGAGUCGGCCUUCCUGCGCCAGGGCCUCCCGCAGUACGUGGCGGGGAUGCUGACCGAGGCUGUCCCAGCCACACGGCACCGGUACCCACAGCAUGUGGGUGACAUCCUGGCCCUGGUGCAGGAGCUGGCCAGUGUCUUCCCAGCCAGCGCCAUCCAUUCGGUAGUCAUGCUGAUGUCCCUCCUGCCAGCCGCCAUCAAUGCCCUCCGGGCCUCUGGGGUGGACUUCACGGAGGAUACUGAGAGGCAGCUGGAGCGAGUCCAGGCCUAUGUCCAGCACCUGCAGGAGCGGCGCCGGGAGGGCACCCUGAAGGUGGACAGCCCCGUGCGGAUGGGGACCCCGGGGGAGGCGGAGGGCGAGGCAGAGGCGGGGGAUUAUCGGGAGAUGUCCAUCUUCCCCACCUAUGCGGAGUUGCACAACACGGAGCGGCCCUUCCUGCGGCCCAACACCCUCCGCCAGCCCUAUGAGGGUCCCACCCUCUACCUGGAGACCCACUUCCGGCUGCUGCGGGAGGACUUUGUCCGCCCCAUGAGGGAAGGUAUCGCCCAAAUCCUCCGCGACACUGAGGAGAGCGGCCUGAGGAAGAAAAAAUUUGACGACAUCCGGAUCUAUUUCGAUACCCGGAUUGUUGCCCCGCAUUGCACAGCCUCCGGCAUCGAGUACCGAGUGCAGUUCGACACCCGGCUGCUGCGCUUCGUCCGGUGGGAGAACUCCAAGCGGCUGAUCUUCGGCUCCCUGGUCUGCCUCUCCAAGGACGGCUUCGAGAGCUUCCUCUUUGCCACGGUGGCCCAGCGGGACCCCAAGGAGCUCAAGGAGGGCUCGGUGUGGCUGUCGUUCUGUGAGCACAGCCGGCCACUCCUGGCCCAGGUGCAGCCCUCGGACUCCUUCCUCAUGGUGGAGACCGCGGCCUACUUCGAGGCCUACCGCCAUGUCCUUCAAGGGCUGCAGGAGGCCCGGCCGGAGGAGCUCCCCUUCCAGAGGUACCUGGUCCGGUGUGAGGCCGAUGUCAGCGCCCCCGCCUACCUGGAGGGCCCCAGGCGCCUCUAUGACUUUGCCUGCCUGGUCCAGAAACCACCUGCAGAGAAGCCACCCAAGGAAGAGCAGGGAGACAACCACAACAAUCGCAACGGCCCUGCUCUGCACAACUUCCUGCGUGAAGUUCAACACCGGGCCGCUGACCCCCUCGUAGGAGGCGCCUCGGUUGACAUUCUGGACCCACAGCAGUGGCCCAGCAAGGAGACUCUGGGACUGGACGAGACCCAACUGGAGGCCCUGCGCUUGGCGCUCACCAAGGAGCUGGCCAUCAUUCAGGGGCCCCCGGGGACCGGGAAGACCUAUGUGGGACUGAAGAUCGUGCGUGCCUUGCUGGCCAAUGGAGCCACCGGCCGGGUUCAUUCCUCACCCAUGCUGGUCGUCUGCUACACCAACCACGCUCUGGACCAGUUCCUGGAAGGGAUCCACACCUUCCAGGAGGAUGGGAUCGUGCGCGUUGGAGGGAGGAGCAACAGCGAGACCCUGAAGAAGUUCACGCUGCGGGAGCUCCGGGGCAAAGGCGGAUUUCGGACGAACCUGCCCCGCCACCUCCGCACAGCCCACUUCAGUGUGUCCAGCGAGAUGCGGGAAGCCCAGGAUGAACUGGUCAGCAAGGCAGCCGUCCUGGAGUGCGGCCUGCGCGGAGUCCUGCACGAGAGGCACCUGCGGAGCCACAUAGCCAGCCGCCACUGGGACAGCCUGAAUCGGGGCUGGCACGGGGAAUGGAUGAACCCCAAGGGCUCCCUCAUCCUGGAGUGGCUGGGCCUCGGAGCCAUGCCCUUCGCCCGCAGCGCACCCAAUGAUCCGGACGGAGCCAACCCUGCAGAAGCUCCAGAACAGGAGGAAGGGGAAGAGGAGCAAGAGGAAGAGGACGACGACGACCUGCUGGCCAUCGCGGAGGAGGCUGCCUUGCUCCAGGCUGACCGGCUGCUGGACAGUGAUGAUGCGGAUCGGCCCCGCCAGCGCCAGCCCCGAAGGGACGCGGCUCAGCUAGGCGACCUCUUCCUGGCCAUGCAGCUGGACAACAAGGAGGCGGAGGGGCCGGAGAAGGAGGGCCAGUGGCAGAUGCAGCCUGGCCAGAAAAAGAAGCUGAAGCAGCAGGUGAAGAAGGAGCUGGAGAAGCCGGAGGGGAUGAGCGCCGAGGAGGCGGAGGCCGUUCGGGACGUCUGGCGCCUGCCCUUGGCCUCUCGUUGGCACCUCUACAGGCAUUGGGUGCAGAAGUACCAGGCAGAGAUCCGGCGCACGAUCCUGAGGCACGAGGAAAAGUACCAGGAAGCGGCUGACCGCCUGGCCGAGCUGCGUCUCCAGGAGGAUCUCUGGAUCCUGAAGCAGGCAAAGGUUGUGGGGAUGACCACCACAGGUGCGGCCAGGUACCGGCAGGUCCUUCAGGAGCUGUCUCCUCGCGUGGUGGUUGUGGAAGAGGCAGCCGAAGUGCUGGAGGCCCACACCAUCACCACCCUCAGCAGAGGCUGCCAGCACAUCAUCCUCAUUGGGGACCACCAGCAGCUUCGCCCCAGCGCCAAUGUCUACGAUCUGGCCAAGAACUUCCACCUGGAGGUCUCCCUCUUUGAGCGGCUGGUCACGGCCGGACUCCCUUUUGUCCGCCUCAACUACCAGCAUCGCAUGAGGCCAGAGAUCGCCCGUCUGCUCACACCCCACAUCUAUGCAGAGCUGGAGAACCACCCAUCUGUCCUCGAAUAUGAAAGCAUCAAGGGAGUCUCCUCCAACCUCUUCUUUGUGGAGCACAACGUCCCGGAGCAGUCACUGCAGGAAGGGAAGAGCCACCAGAACCAGCACGAGGCCCAGUUCUUGGUGCGGCUGUGCCAGUACUUGCUGUGCCAGGGCUACCAGCCCUCGCAGAUCACCAUCCUCACCACCUACACGGGGCAGCUCUUCUGUCUGCGCAAGCUGCUCCCGGCCAAGACCUUCCAGGGAGUGAAGGUCCACGUGGUGGACAAGUACCAGGGUGAGGAGAAUGACAUUGUGCUGCUGUCCCUGGUGCGCAGCAACCUCGAGGGCCGGGUGGGCUUCCUGCAGGCCGCCAACCGUGUCUGCGUGGCCCUCUCCCGGGCCAAGAAGGGCCUCUUCUGCAUCGGCAACCUGGGCAUGCUGAGCCAGGUCCCGCUCUGGAGUAAGAUCGCCCACACGCUGCGUGAGAAGGGCCAGGUGGGCCGCGCCAUGGUGCUCUCUUGCCAGAACCACCCCGAGACCCACACGGAGGUGGCACAGGCCGAGGACUUUGCCAGUGUCCCUGAGGGGGGCUGCAGCCGUCCCUGCGAGGCCCGGCUGGGCUGUGGCCACGUCUGCCCACGGGCCUGCCACCCUUACGACCCCUUCCACCGGGAGUUCAAGUGCAUGAAGCCCUGCCAGAAGACACGCUGUGCCGACGGGCACCGCUGCCCCAGAUUGUGCUCCCAGCCCUGCGGGGAGUGCCAAGUGAAGGUGCCGAAGACAUUGCCCGGCUGCGGCCACCUGCAGCAGGUGCCCUGUGCCACUCCUGCAGAGGAGUUCUCCUGCCAGGAGCCCUGCUCAAGGGACCUGAGCUGCGGCCACAAGUGUCGGAUGACCUGUGGCCAGGUGUGCACCCAGCGCUGCCCAGAGAAGGUCCAGAUCACCCUGAAGUGCGGGCACAGCCAAGAGCUCUCCUGCUCCAUCGCAGAGGAGGUGAGGGAUGGGAGGCCUGUGCCCUGUCAGGCCAAGUGCCCUACUCUCCUGGAAUGUGGCCACCCAUGCCCCGGCUCCUGUCACUCUUGCUUUGGCGGUCGAUUCCACAUGGCGUGUGCCAGCGCCUGCAAGCAGCUCCUGGUUUGUGGCCAUGAGUGCCUCCAGCCCUGCACCAGCGAUUGCCCACCCUGCCGGCGGCCCUGCCAGAUCCGCUGCAUCCACAGCCGCUGCCAGAAGACCUGCGGCGAGCCCUGCCCUCCUUGCGUGGAGCCCUGCGAGUGGCGCUGUGAGCACUACCAGUGCGGCCGACUGUGCUCAGAGCCCUGUGACCGGCCCCGUUGCAAUGUGGCCUGCCCCCAGAGACUCCGCUGUGGCCACCCUUGUGCCGGCCUCUGCGGGGAGCCCUGCCCUAAGAAGUGCUUGGUCUGCAACCACGAGGAGCUGACCCAGAUCUUCUUCGGGUUCGAGGAUGAGCCGGGGGCCCGCUUCGUGCAGCUGGAGGACUGCGGCCACAUCUUUGAGUCUCAAGGCCUGGACGUCUACAUGGACGAGGAGGCGGCAAAAGAGGAGGAAGAGGGGGAGCAGAGCGAAGCGGCCGUGAAGCUCAAGGUGUGCCCUUCCUGCCGGACGCCCAUCCGGAAAAACCUCCGCUACGGAGCGCUGGUGAAGAGGAGCCUGGCGGAGGUAGAGCUCGUGAAGUGCAAGAUCCAGGGCUCCCCUGAGGAAAUAGCCUCCGGCGCCCAGAGACUGAAGGCAGCGUUAAAGGAGAAAAUCACUCUGCGGGUCAACAUGCCGGCGGAAUACACACAGCUACAGAAGAUGCUGGAGGGGCCACUGUCUGCCUCCGUCCAGGGCCUGAUCUUUGUGGAGAAUCUCAUGAACUUCUAUGUCCGGCUGGCAGAACUGACCGAGGCGGUGAGGAAGGGCCGGUCCGGCGAGUGGGAGGGAGUGAAGAAGCGGAUGGCAGAGGCAGCCAGUUGGCUGGAACGGCCUCGACUCAGCUUCACCGGCCAGGAGGUGUCCGAGCUGCAGCGCGAAUUCCAGCGGCUGGCCUUCCUGGUGGAGCUGCUGGGCAGGUGCCAGGCCGCCCAGGGCAAGAUGGACGACUCCACGGCGGGGAUGGUCAGCACCCUCCGGCGGCUCCUGGAGGGGCCUGAGAGGUUCACCCCGGAGGCUGAGCGACUGGUCAAGAAAGAGAUGGAGGCCCUGAAGGCCCUCCUCCCGGUGUCCGGGCUGGGCAUCACCGAGGCGGAGAAGCGGCAGAUCGUUGCUGCCGUCAGCGGAACGACACGUGGCCACUGGUUCAAGUGCCGCAACGGCCAUGUCUACGUGAUUGGCGAGUGCGGGGGUGCCAGUCAGCGCAGCCGGUGCCCCGAGUGUCAAGAGGUCAUCGGAGGGAGCAAUCACACACUGGAGGCCAGCAACCAGCUGGCCCCAGAGAUGGAUGACGCCGAGUUUGCUGCCUGGUCCGACGAGGCCAACAGAAGGCUCGGGGAUAGGGUGUCAAGGAACUGGCUCCCUUAAGAGGGCUCUGGGCCCCUGGCCACCCACAUUCUCCCCAUUGCUCUACCCUCCUGUCCCUCUUUGAUCUACAGCAGGUGUUCCCUCCAGGUGUUUUGGACUCCGACUCCACAAUUCCUAACAAUUAGGAAUUGUGAGAGUUGGAGUCCAAAACUUCUGGAGGGAGGGCCGAAGUUGGCCCAUGCCAGAUCUACAGGGUUAGACAAACUUCCUGUCUCUGCUUGCGGUUUCUACUUGCUCUCAUGCCUCUUGCAUGGCACGCCAUCCUGCAUUUUAUUACUGCAGUUUUAAAUCUGUCUGCAGUUUUGCACCUGGGUCUUCGGACUGUAAUAAAGUUUUGAUUGACUGGUUUAAUUUGAAGAGGAUUAAUCUGCAGAUGACAGAAAAGUUUGUCUUUUGGGAGGAAGGAGGUGUCGGCUCUUGAAAGCUAUAGGACUCAAAACAGGCUCACACAGGCAGUUCCGUGGAAAUGCUUUAUUGAGCACCUUCUUUACAAGAUGAAAACGAAGCUAGAACUGACGUAUUCGCCCCAAACCCCGAAUAUAUCCACCUCCUACCUUCCUCCCUCCCCACAUUCACACGUAUCUGUUAUAUGGUCCUUUCCCAGGCUUGAAAAACCAGAGCUGGCCAUAAAACCCAUCCCUGGCCAAAUGGCUCUUAUCAUUUAGAUUAUCUCCCACCCCCCAUUGCUCUGGCAGGAUGUGGAGAGUACAGUUGUUACGAAUGCUGGGCUUUCACAUCCUGACAGGAGGUUUUUGCAAACCACCCGUGAAGGAGGAUGGGAGAACUUCUCAUAGAGCCAUGCAGUGCAACCCCAUUCUUCCAUGCAGGAACACACCAAUCAACCUCUCCCGACAGAUGGCCACCCAGCGUCUGUUUAAAAGCUUCCAAGAAAUGAGCCUCCAUUAGUCUUUGAGGCAGGGAGUUCCACUGCUGAACAGCUCUUCUUACGGUCAGGAAGUUCUUCCUCAUGUUCAAUGGAAUCUCCUUUGCUGUCUUUCAAACCCAUGGCCCCAUUGAAGGAUGAACAUGCCCAGGUCUUUAAGACGCUCCUCAUAGGGAUUCAUGGUCUCUAGAUCUUUGAUCCUUUGAAUCUCCCUCUUCCUCUGGACUCCUUCCAGGCAAAGAGUUCACACCACAGCAGAAUACAAGGGCACAAUGACUUCCCUCCAUCUGGACUUUAGACUCCUUUGGACGCAGCCCAGAAUCCCAUUGGCUUUUUGAGCUGCUGCAUCACACUCUUGGCUCGUGUUCAGCUUGCCUCCACGAAGACUCCCAAGAACUUUCUCACGUGGAGCGUUGUGGAGCCAGGCAUCACCCAUCCUGCAUCUUGGCUUUUCAUUUUUUUCUGCCUAAGUGUCGUAUCUUACAUUUGUCAUUGUUGAAAUUUAAUUUGCCAAUCGUCUCUAAUCCAGUGAGGUCAUUUUGGAUCCUGAUCCUGUUCUCUGGAGUAUUUGCUCUCCCUCCCAAUUUGCUGUCAAUUUUUUUUUAUUUACAGUAUUUAUAUUCCGCCCUUCUCACCCUAAAGCCAUUAUUAGACAAACAACACAGAGACAGACAGACACAGAGGCUAUUUAACAUAUUCCAGCUUCUGGCUUCAUGGGAGUAUGCUCAAUUCCGGCCACAGGGGGAGCUGCAGCUUCAUCAUCCACUGUGACACCGAGUCCUUGAUGGAGUACUUCCUCAUUCCUUUCUGAACACUGACGUUUUUAUGGUGUCGUAAAUUAAAUUAGCCUCCCCGCAUAAGCAAUCCCUAAAUUUUCCUACUUGACAGAUGUAACUAUCUUUUGGGUUGCUUAGGUAAACAACAAGCUGGGGCUAUUUAACUGUUGGGCAUUCAAUCCAGCUCAGGCUUUGAACUCACGACUUUCGGUCAGUAGUGAUUUAUUGCAGCUGGCUACUAACCAGCCCGGUCAACAUUGUAAGCACGCUGUAGUGAACCUUACCUAUUAGGCCGGGAAUGAAGCUUGAGUAACAGUGAGUGAGGCAGGCCUCCAUUUUGUAGAGGAAUACCAGGCAGCCAUCUUGAGUGUGGUUAGAAAGGGGGAGGAGCUUAGAGAGAGAAUCCUAGGAUUGGCCAGAGCAAAUGGGAGGAGCCAAGUUUUAGAGUGCAGAGAAAAAAGAGCUCCAAAGCAGUUCGGUUUUGGAGAGGAAAGUGCAGUUUGGAGUUUUGGUUGUGUGUGAGAGAACUGAGAGCUGUAAAACUGACAGGAUAGGUCAGGCAGUUUGGAUCUCUUGGGGGAGAUAAUUCAAGAGAUUGACUCUCACUACUGGGCUGGUUAAUAGAAGGACUCUAGGUUAGAGUUAGUUAACAACCCAGGGGGCUAUCUAGAUUAGAUUAGUCGAACUCAUGACUAUUCUCAGCAAAUAGAGCGAGGGUUUCUGUGACCAAUAGAUAAUUUGGUUUGAUUGGAACUGUUUGAAACUAAGUGAAGUAAUCUGAAACACAACUAAGUUAAUGUCAUACCCCAGUCACCUUUGGCUUCUGAACCUGAUCCAGGAAUGAACUUUGACCAGGAUGAAGCUGGUUCUGACCUUUUGCCCAGUUCUUCGAGCUCCUUUCACUUACAGCUGCCGGCUGUUGAUAGUUCAGAUGCUUCCUUAAUUGGGAGAGAUACUGGAGAUGUUACUCCCGUGGCUAAACCAGAUGUCCAGAGUUCCCCAGAGACUGUGCCCUUCAACCGAAAGGAGUUUUUGCGUCGUCAGAGAUCAGAAAAACAAGAGCUUAGAAGGAGUAACCGCUUGGCAUCUCGAGGGGUAAGAAGAUUCCUUUGGGAACUUUUGGGGAGUUUGAUCUACCUUCAUUGGGAUCUGAUCUUUGUUCCAUAAAAGAGCUUUUUCUAUUUCUGCCCCAGCCUUAUGGAAUGCCUUGCCGCCCCAUAUGAGAGCCAUGCGUGAGUUUGGGCCUUUUACCCUCGCACUCAAGACAUGGCUCUUUACUAGAGCUUUUAAUCUAUGUUAAUUUUAUCAAUAUUUGUAUGUAUGUAUUUUUAUCCUUUACAAUUUUAUCUUGUAAAUCGCCUAGAGCAUCGUGGAUGGAGGGCGAUUAAUAAGUAAUUAAAUGAUGAUGAUGAUGAUGAUGAUGAUGAUGAUGAUGAUGAUGAUGAUGAUGAUGAUAAAAGUGCCUUGCACUACAGACAAGUUGCAGUGUCAACGUAGGGUUUUCCUGAGAACACUUCACCGACUCCAGUUCCCUGUUUUCACCAAGCCAAGCCUCCUGUUUCUGGCGGCCAAGUGGAGCCGCGACUCCCGUUUUAAACCGGAGUGAAUUCACUUCCUUGCCUUGUUCCUGAAUCAAGUUUGAACUUCGCUUAGUCUUGUUCCUGCUUUGAUAUCCACGAUCUCUUAGUGACUGUGGACCUUGUCAUUCAGCCUUGCUUCCUUGUUGUUCCCUGCUCAAACUUCCCAACAGUUUGAGCGUGUUUCGGUUUUGGACUUUGGACAAUAAUAUUGGACAUUUUCCUUCAUCUUUCUGGACUUAUUCAUAUCUCAUCACAAAGGACUAUUUCCCAUUCAUCCUUUCUGCUUAUGCAGUCCUGAAAUUAUAUUUGCUUUGAUAAAGAUAUUAUAUGAUUAUUGGUCUCUGUCUAGUUUCCAGUGUUCACGCCGCCUUGGGGUGCAACAGUUAAGCUGAAGAACUUCUGUAACCCUUUACGCUUAUGUACCUCUCUGAAGGUAAUUAUUUGCCUGUUUUAGGAAAAUAAAUUUUUAUUCUAUUUUCAACUUUCAAAA